GAUCUUUUGAAAAUGCACGAAGAAGAUUCAGAAGCGGAAGAGACGUGGCAUAAAUGAUGCAGUUAAGCUAAAAACUAGCUGUUAAUUUUGUUUCUGAAUUUGACAGAUGUACAGAAGUAUUUGAAACCGAUGGGAAUUGUUUAAAGUGUGCCUGACAGCACAUGUGGCUAUGGGUCUCUGUAAGUGUCCAAAGAGGAAGGUGACCAACUUAUUCUGUUUUGAGCAUCGUGUAAAUGUGUGCGAGCAUUGCCUCGUCUCCAACCAUAACAAGUGUAUCGUACAGUCAUAUUUGCAGUGGCUUCAGGACAGUGAUUACAACCCGAACUGUGCUUUGUGUAACAGUCCUCUGACUGCUCACGACACUGUCAGACUGGUCUGCUAUGAUGUCUUCCACUGGUCCUGUCUCAACAGCCUGGCUUCUCGUCUGCCGCAGCACACGGCUCCAGCAGGGUACCAGUGUCCCACAUGUCAGGGUCCAGUGUUCCCACCUUCCAACCUGGCCAGUCCGGUCGUGGAUGUGUUGAAGGAACAGCUGUCGUCUGUUAACUGGGCACGAGCUGGUUUAGGGCUGCCAUUGAUUGAAGAGCCGAUUGUGGUCCUGGAGGAGACGUCAGCUAAUGAUGUCUCCGAUUACACCGACUGGUCAACAUUUGAUGCGAGAGAAAAAAGUGAAAUUUACCCCAGCCACUCCUACAACACUGGACUCAGUCCUCCACCGGCCUCUGCUUCACUCCCAGCACAAGAAGAACUCGGCGGCCCUCACGAGAACGUGGAUCCGCAUGUUCAGGGGGAUGCUGUAGUCGACUUCGCUGCUGCCGUCGCUGCUCACGACACGGUCACACUACACACAGUGUCAUCACCGAGGAAGAUCUACGACACUCGAGAUAUCGGUCCGAGUUCUGUCACACAGAUCGACUUUGAUGAUGACAAAUACAGGCGGCGGCCAGCUCUAAGUUGGUUUGCUCGACUUCUCAAGAACCGCACAGGGGGGAAGCGGGCGUCCCUCUCCUGGAAGCAGCGGGUUUUCAUGCUGCUUCUGGUGGGAGUUCUGGGUUUCUUCACUUUGAUAAUCAUUAUGGCUAAACUUGGACGUGCCUCCGCCGGCUCAGACCCAAACUUAGACCCUCUUCUCAACCCCAACAUCCGCGUGGGUAAAAACUGAUAGCAAGUGAUUCCCUUUUUCUUCUGCAUUACACGAUAUAAUCCCGUGUAGAACAAGCUGAAAUGGGACACUCCAGUACCCGGCGAGGCCAGGAGAGGGAGCAAUUUCCCUACCUUGAGAGGACAAAGAAUGUUGAAUGCUGGGCCUAUUUAUUCCCAUCAUGCAUUAAUGUGUGCCCAGAUCCACAGGUGACCACAUCCCGGUGCCUUUAGGGAUGCCACUUAAAAAACAAAAAUUAACAAGUGUCACAUGCAGACAGAACCUUUCCUGGCUGCGUGAAUAAGGAAGUCCUUUGACACGUGUGUAUGGUUUGGAACAGUUACAGUGUGUGUGUGAUCGGCGUUGUCACACUGCAGAACGUUUUUGCACAGUUACAGAGUGAUUCCACAGGGGACCGCUGGCUGCUUUCAGUGUGCUGUGGCAUUUCUACUUUUGAGUCAAAGUGGCCACUUUAUGAGUGGAAUCAAAUUCUUAACAUGUAACUACAUCACAGGUGUUUAUAUUCUGUAAAAGAGUGCAUUGCUUUUAAAUUUUCCCGACAUGCUGUUUUGUUUUGACUGUCAUUAAAUGGGAAUCCUGCAGAAUUUGA